GGCGGUUCUGUGUUUUCUAUGGGUUUACCUAUCAAUCAGCGCACUGUUUGAUUGGGAUGGUUGCCCUUCACUGUAAUUCUAUACAUUGACAGCUAUGUUAAUCAUUAUACUAACUUCUCUUCAUUUAAUCACCCGAUAGGAAUUCCCGAAAUAAAAACUUCUUAAAAUAGUGUUUCAAAUGUUUUAAAAUUAGAAGCUAAGAAAUGGAAUAACCGCUAAUCCUCGUGAUGCUUCACCUUCUCUUAGCCUGUGUAGAAUAUUUGAUAGAGUUAGUGUUAGUUUAUUAUUAUCCUGAAUGUGUUGUGGAUUAGUUUACAUGGAAACGUUUCUUCAUGUUUUAGAUAAUAUGAUGACGUAAAAAUAUGGCUGUCAAAUCAUUCAGGCGAAAAGCGUUUUCUGUUCAUAUGUAAUGGGACGAAGGAAAAUUGAAGUCCGAAAAAUCGAAGACAAAAACAAGUGUGUGGCCACUUUUCGCAAGCGUCGAAAUGGUUUAUUUAAGAAGGCGCUUGAAUUACACCGUCUGACUGGUGCAGAAAUUACACUUACUUUAGUAUAUAACAAGUCCAGAUAUUGCUUCAACUCUCAUAGUAAUACGGAUGAUAGAGGAAAUUCAGUAAAUACUUUUCACUACAACAAACAUUUCCAGUUCAAGGCAUGCGGAUCUAAUUUACUACAAGGUUGCAGUGAAACUAACUGUUUAUCCAAGCUGUCAAAAAAUAGUUAUUCAAAGCAAAAGAAUGAAACACCAAUUAAAUUGAAUUCAUUUCCAGUGAUGAGUCCGAUUAACAACUGUGCCAAAUCUAAAUAUAAUAAAACUACUAAGUUAACUAGUGAAGAGAGAUUGGCUAAUUUACGACAUAUAAUUGUUGAUGAAUUAUUUAAACGUGCGCUUAGACGAUUUUGUUCUCUGACCAAAGUAUCCGGUUUAAAUAAGAAAGAAUCAAUAAUUACUCCGUGUUAUAGUAGUAGUGGCAGUCAAACUAUGUUAAGUCCAUCAUGUAUUACUCCUACUCAUAAAAUCUCGUCAUCUCAUCUGGUAAAUCAAUCAGAAAAGGUAUUUAAUGAUGAAAAUAUUUUACCAAUAAUUCAAAUGUAUUCUCCAACAACAAAUUCAUCAUUAUUUGAUUCAAAUAAUCUAUCAUUGCAAUGUAUUUAUUAUUCAUUGAAUAAUAAUAAUAAUAAUAAUAAUAAUAAUAAUAAUAAUAAUUUAUCAUAUUCUUCAUCAAGCACUACAACAGAUCAACAAUUAUCCAAAGAAUUUGAUUCAAGUCCAUUGAGUCAAAUUUUAGAGUUUAUUGACGAGAAUAAUAAUAAUAAUACUACUGGGACUAAUACUACUAUUAAUAAUCAUGACAAUGACCAACCCAACGAAGAUAACAUUAAUACUAGAAAAGAAUAUUUGGAUUUAGAUAAUGAUGAUACAGCACAAUCGUCAUGCUUGUUAACUGGAUUACAAACACCAAAUAUUAUUUGUUAUUUAGAUGAACCAGUUAUUAGUUAUUAUUCAAUCAACAAUUCGUCGAUUGAAGAUUGCUAACCCGUCUUUUUUUUGUUUUUGUUUUAGUGAUUAUUUCUUAUUUCUUUGAAAGAAAACUAUUGUGAUACGUAAUUUUACUUUUUUUUUCUAUGUAUUUAUUUUAUUUUUCUUUUAUUUAUUUAUUGAUUGAUUCAUUUACCAUUUUAAUCACCACCAUCAUCAUCAUUAUUAUGUUAAGUCAUCACAUUAUAUAUAUGUAUAUGUAGGUAUGAUAUGAUAUCUCAUGACAUUGUCUAGGUUAUUAAUUUAUAUAUAUAUAUCCGAAUUUGUGUUGUGUUCAUUUAACUUAUGUACGCAU